AUGUCGACUCCAGCUCGCCCACCAGGUCCACAACGGACGAACGUUCUGGCCGCUGUCUUGUCGAAAGCGAUCUCCAUCGUAGUCCUUAUUUCUCUCUCCCUUACUGUCUUCGCGUACCGACACGAGCUUGAACCGAUAUACGGCGUCGCGCCAACGAAUCUCCAUCUGAACAAGAUUGUAUGGCUUGCAUGUAGUUUGGGCAGCUUCCUACCGACGCUUCCACUCUCCUAUGCCGUAUUUGCUGGCGGAGUCUUACUCUCUCUUCUCCCGAAUACCGCGUAUUGGGUCGCGGUGCACACAGCGAGGAUGGGCGACCCCGUGUGGGGACCUGUUGCAACGCAUAUGGUCGUAAUAGUUCCCAUAUUAUAUCUGGGUGUCGCCAUAGUCAAGGCUUUGCAGGAACUUCCUACCAUGGAAGAUUCUCAGGGCGCGCCCCAGCAGCUCAUCACUCUUCCCAUAUGCCAAACAUCCAUUAUGUCCGUACAAGAGUUAUGGCCAGUUAUUCCGCGCGUGAAGGAGUUUCCGACGGAACAAAUUUUCCUAGGUCUGGGUGCUUUCAUGCUCCUAGUGUGGGCAAUCACACCGUUACUCCCUACCAUUUUCGUGGCUGCAUCUUCUAGACCUACACCGGUGGCACGAGUAGCACUGGCUUCAAAAACCAAGUCACAGCGCAAGAAGGCUACAGCCCCUGCUCCGGCCACGAAAGCCCCGCAGGUAAAUGCGAAGAGCACGAAUCUCCUACGCCUCGCUGUCCUCCCGGUUGUGCCGGUCCUAACUGCGACCAUCCUCCGUUCGCCCACGCUUCUGAAGCCGCUCUUGGAGCCGUACAUCCACCCGAGUUACCCCAUGCGCGUCCUCUCCACGGUCAACUCGCCGUACUCGGGCGUCGUCGUCGUUGGCGAGGCGCUCCCGCUGGCACCAGGCGACGCACGGGCGAACAGCAUGCUGCACUCUGUGCGCUACCUUCGUGCAGGCCAUUCGUUGCUCGGCGGCAUGUGGAUCGGCCCGUUGGCGGGCAAGAUGCCGACCGCACUGGAUGAGGAGGGCGAGCCGCUUGGGGAGUCGGUGUACAACGCGUUCGUGCUACAGGAGGCGGCGCGACUCUUUUUGAAGCCUGAGAGGGAAGAGGAAGCGAAUGCACUUGUCAUUGGACUGGGUACGGGAAUCUCGGCGUCUGCGUUCAUGCGACAUAACAUGUCGACUACGAUUGUUGAGAUUGACGGCAACGUGUAUGAUGCUGCGAAGCGUUUCUUCGCGCUCCCGGAGCCCGAACCUGGCAAAUUGUUCAUCAAAGACGCGCGCAACUGGGUCCGUAUGCACCGCGCUCGGCUCGAGAACGCAACUGCAACAAGAAGCGAGACUGGAGAACAGGUUGAAGUGCAGACAAAGGAGGUAGAGCGCUACGACGUGAUAGUGCACGACUGCUUCUCUGGCGGAAGCGUACCGGCAUACCUCUAUACAGAGAGCUUCUGGGACGAUACGAAAGCUAUCAUGCACCCCGAUGGUGUCCUCGCUGUGGACUUCUUCGGUCAACUAGAAUCUGACUCGUCCCGCGCGAUCUUGCACACUCUCGAGAGCGUGUUUGGGCAUUGCCGUGCAUUCAGCGACUCCAACGAUCCGACAGCGACAUCCACGCUGUACACUGAUGCCCUCAACUGGGUGUUCUUCUGCUCCCCAUCUAGUAACCCGCUCACAUUCCGUGCGUCGUGCGUGUCGGAUUUCCUCGGCUCUCCGCUCCGCGCGUACAUCCUGUCGACUUUCUCCGGACGCGAGUUGGACCUUGCACCGAUCAGGGAGCUACCAGAGAAGACACGAUCGACGUACCUGUUGACAGACAUGCAGAAUGCGCUGGUGAAAUGGCAGGAGCAACGUGCGCUUGAGCACUGGAAGAUCAUGCGCGAGGUCCUGCCUGACGUCUUUUGGGAGACAUAUUGA